GGCGUGUCUGCGCCGUGUCUAAGGGGGUGCAAGAUGGCGGCGGGCGACGCGGUUGGGAGGUACCGCGGCACGGUGGGCAGGAGCAAGGACCCCUCGGGGCUCCUCAUCUCGGUUAUCAGGACUUUAUCCACCAGCGAUGACGUGGAGGACCGGGAGAACGAGAAGGGGCGGCUGGAGGAGGCGUACGAGAAGUGCGACCGCGACCUGGACGAGCUGAUCGUGCAGCACUACACGGAGCUGACCACGGCCAUCCGCACCUACCAGAGCAUCACCGAGCGCAUCACCAACUCCCGCAACAAGAUCAAGCAGGUGAAGGAGAACCUGCUGUCCUGCAAGAUGCUGCUGCACUGCAAACGGGACGAGCUGCGCAAGCUGUGGAUCGAGGGCAUCGAGCACAAGCACGUCCUGAACCUCCUGGAUGAGAUUGAGAACAUCAAGCAGGUCCCUCAGAAGCUGGAGCAGUGCAUGGCCAGCAAGCGCUAUCUCAAUGCCACGGACAUGCUGGUGUCAGCGGUGGAUUCCCUGGAGGGUCCCCUCCUGCAGGUGGAGGGGCUGAGCGACCUGAGGCUGGAGCUGCACAGCAAGAAGAUGAACCUGCACCUGGUGCUGAUCGACGAACUGCACCGGCACCUCUACAUCAAAUCCACCAACCGCGUGGGGCAGCGCGGCAAGGACAGAGCCAGGCUCGGGUCCCUUGUGAAAGACACCUCUCCUGUGCCUCUGAUGGAUGUCACUAAUUUAUCUACACCUCGGAAAUUCCUUGAGACUUCCCAGUUCAGUACUCCUGGAAGCUCCAGCAUGCGAGACUCAAGCCUUCUGGAAAUCAAAGAGGACACAGACCUGGAUCCAGAGGAGAACAGCGCCGUCUUCAUGGGAAUCCUCAUCAAGGGGCUGGCCAAGCUGAAGAAGAUCCCAGAAACGGUGAAAGCCAUCCAGGAUCGCUUGGAGCAGGAGCUCAAGCAGAUCGUGAAGCGCUCCACCACUCAGGUGGCUGACAACGGUUACCAGAGAGGGGAGAAUAUUUCCCAGGAAAAUCAGCCUAGGCUGCUGCUGGAGCUGCUGGAGCUGCUCUUUGACAAGUUCAACGCCGUGGCCGCCGCGCACUCGGUGGUGCUGGGCCACCUGCAGCAGACAGUGGCGUCCCCCUGCAGCCAGUACGACGGGGAGAUCAAGCUCUACGACAUGGUGGAUGUGUGGGUGAAGAUCCAGGAUGUCCUGCAGAUGCUGCUGACGGAGUACCUGGACAUGAAGAACACGCGCACGGCCUCGGAGCCCUCGGCACAGCUCAGCUACGCCAGCUCCGGCCGCGAAUUCGCCGCCUUCUUCGCCAAGAAGAAGCCCCAGAGACCCAAAAACCCUCUCUUCAAGUUUGAAUCCUCGUCCCAUGCCAUCAGCAUGAGUGCCUACCUGCGGGAGCAGAGGAGGGAGCUGUACAGCAGGAGCGGGGAGCUGCAAGGAGGACCGGAUGAUAACUUAAUUGAAGGUGGCGGGUCCAAGUUUGUCUGCAAACCGGGAGCCAGGAACAUCACCAUCAUCUUUCACCCCCUGCUCAGGUUCAUCCAGGAGAUCGAGUUCGCCAUGGAGCUGGGCCCGGCCAAGCAGUGCCCGCUGCGGGAGUUCCUCACCAUGUACAUCAAGAACAUCUUCCUCAACCAGGUCCUGGCCGAGAUCAACAAAGAGAUCGAAGGCGUCACCAAGGCCUCGGAUCCCCUGAAAAUCUUGGCCAACGCCGACACCAUGAAGAUCCUGGGGGUGCAGAGGCCUCUGCUGCAGAGCACGGUGAUUGUGGAGAAGACGGUGCAGGACCUGAUGAACCUCAUGCACGACCUGAGCGCCUACUCGGACCAGUUCCUCAACAUGGUGUGCGUGAAGCUCCAGGAGUACAAGGACACCUGCACCCUGGCCUACAGGACCAUCGUGCAGUCCGAUGAGAAGCUGGUGAUCAGCGCGUCCUGGGCCAAGGACGACGAUAUCAGCAGGCUCCUGAAAUCCCUGCCCAACUGGAGCAACAUGGCUCAGCCCAAGCAGCUGAGGCCCAAGAGAGAGGAGGAGGAGGAUUUUAUAAGGGCUGCUUUCGGCAAAGAAUCCGAAGUUCUGAUCGGGAAUUUGGGAGACAAACUGAUCCCUCAGCAGGAGAUCCUGCGGGACGUCAGCGACCUCAAGGCCUUGGCCAACCUGCACGAGAGCCUGGAGUGGCUGGCAGGACGCACCAAGGCAGCUUUCUCCAGCCUCUCAGCAUCCCAGACCAUGUCCCCAGGCCAGGACAGCCACGCCAGCCUGGAGCACCUUCCUGCGUCCGAGCAGAUCCUGCAGAGCCUGAGCGAGCUGGCCAGGUCCUUCCAGGAGAUGGCCGAUCGCUGCCUGCUGGUGCUGCACUUGGAAGUCAGGGUUCACUGCUUCCACUACCUGAUCCCUCUGGCCAAGCAAGGGAAUUACGCCAUCGUGGCCAACGUGGAGAGCAUGGACUACGACCCGCUGGUGGUGCGGCUCAACAAGGACAUCAGCGCCAUCGAGGAGGCCAUGAGCGCCAGCCUGCAGCAGCACAAGUUCCAGUACAUCUUUGAAGGUCUGGGCCACCUCAUCUCCUGCAUCCUCAUCAACGGCGCCCACUACUUCAAGCGCAUCAGCGAGUCGGGCAUCAAGAAAAUGUGCAGGAACAUCUUCAUCCUGCAGCAAAACCUGACCAACAUCACCAUGUCCCGGGAGGCCGACCUGGACUUCGCCAGGUGAGCACAAACCCCGGGGCUUCGUCGCCCUUCCGGCGUCCACGGGAGCGCGGGCGGCUCCUUCCAAAAAGUCUCUGAUUUCCGUCGCGGGCGAGCGCGAGGUUCGAGUUCAGGCAGAGGUGCCGGUGGUGAUUUUGGUGUUCCUUCGGUGCUGGUGGAGAUUUUGGAGUUCCUUUGGCCGAGCAGCGUUCCGAGGGGCAUGGAAUUGUGGAGUUGGGGGCGUUGCUGAGGUUAGGGAAGAAAUCUCCAAGGUCAUGAAGUCCAAAUGUGGGAUCGGGUGAGGUCGAUGUGAGGUCCCAUCAAAGUGUCUGUGCUUGGCGCUGCCUUGGGGCUCCUCCAAGAUCAAAACCCAGGCAGGGAAAAGCUUCCAAAGGGAAUGGGUAGAACUGAGGAUGAAGCUGGGGCUUGGAUUUAUUCCCAGGUGAGAAAUAUUUUGGUUUGUUGAAGGUGCAGGGUCACCAGGUCCGGGUUGGCUUGAAGGGACAUCUCCCUCGAGUUCUGCUAUCUUGAAACAGCAGAAACGGCAAAAUAAUCCCAAAAGUGGGUGUGAGAGACGCCCUACAAACCUCUGCCAUGUUUUGGGAUCUCUCCACUCGAGGAGGGAUGAGCAGACAGGGGAAGGCAAACCCUGAGCAGUGGUUUUGGCAGCUGGGAGCUCCUUAGCUGAUCCUCUGCGGCAGCAGCCGGGUCAGGAGGGGACAGCUGAGCCCAAAGGAAAGGUCUGGAACUCGGAAACGAAGGAUUGGGGUCAAAUGAGAGAGGUGUGUGGGGAACUUGGAUCUGAGCCACCACAAACGCGGAGAAAACGUGGUGCCGUCACUUGGCCGCUGCUGAUGGAGGCUGAAUUAGGAGGGAAGUUUGAGCUCCCUGGAUGAGGAGUGUGACUGAGUGCCUCAUUUAUUUGGGAUCUCAUCUGGGAGCGGGUCAGUAUUGAAUUCAUUCCUUCAGAUCAGCGUUGGCCUGGGGAAGUCGUGGAUUCUGAGGUCUGCGGGAGGGGUAGGGAGAGUGAUCCAUUAGAAACUCUGCAAGGAACGAACUUCCCAGAUUUAAUCUUUUCCAUCCAACCCUAACCUCCUCUGGCACAGCUUGAGGCCAUUUCCUUGUGUCCUGUCCCUUUUUCCUUGGGGGAAGAGGGAUCCCAACCCUGCCACUGCAGCUUUGUGCAGAUUUCUUCCCAUCAAAUCAAUCCAGCAGCGUUUCUUUUAUUGCCUUUGUGGCUCCACCGCUUCCCUCUUUUCUUCUGGGGCGCAAUUCCACGCUCUGAGGAGUCCGUUUGAUCCUUCAGUUCUUUGGAUGGCUCCUGAAUGUCCAAAUGUUUAUUACCCAGGCUCUCCUUUUACAUUAACGAGGCUCUGGUGUAUCCGAGCCCCGCCCUGCUCGCCUGAAUUCACAAUCACCCCAGCAAGGUUCUCACCUCACCCAGGUCUACUCCAACUAUUAAGUAAAAAUAAACGUGACAGUUCCCCUCCAUAAAGCAUAAAAACAACUCCAGGCUGGGAUGGAGGUGAUUUGUACCUCUGUGACCUGGCUCAGGCAGGAAUCUGCGGAUGCUCUGCGCUGCGGUAAACUCUCGGGUUUGCCUUUUUCGAGAUAAAGUGCUUUGUGUUUCUUUUUUUUCAUGGGCAGUGGCAGAGCUGAUGGAGAAAUCCUCUCUCCCCUGCUCCCCCUUCCCCUUGCACACCUCCUGGGGUAAACUCCCUCCCUGCCUCACUUCUCCAGGGAACUGGAGGAUCAUGAGUGGGAGAUUGAGUUGGGAGAUUCCCACCCCUGCCUGGAUAUAUUUCUGCGCCCAUGACGCUGAGAGUUCCAGGAGCAAUUAGCCACGAUUAACAAUCAGCGCAUCGCUCUCCACACAGGCCCUCUCCAUGCAUUAAAUCCCAGCUCUGGAUCAGGUCCCUUUUCUCAGAGUGAACCCGUUUCACAUCAGCUCCUAGGAAAGAUCAGAACAGCUGAGAAAAGACCAAAAGGUUUCUUUUAUUAAGGUUUUUCCUGAGCAUUGUCCCUUCGAUUUUGGUUUUUAUUUUUCACUUCUGAUGGGGUCCUCGAGGCUCUUUAGAGUCCUCAGGGAACACUGGGCAUCCCCUUCCUUCUCUGCUCAGUGGCUUCAGGCAGUAGAAACCCCAGCCAGAGAAGCUGGAAGCUUCACCCUUUGUCCUCUGAAGCCAGAAUCCCCUGGAGGAGUCACAGGUGACACUUGCUGGUCCUGCUGAGGCUCUUGCUGUUUAAACCCCGUUUUUCUGAAGCUCUGUAGCCUGCAGGUGACAACAGCAGCGUUUUGCUGCUUCGGGAGCGGCCCCUUGGCAAGGGGAAAAAUGUGUUUUAAAUGAGUUUUUGCUCGAAGAUUCUCAGUUCAAGGCAGGGAAAGUCUCAGCAGAGCAUCACAGGGCAGAGCUGGAGCACGUUUCCAUCGGGGGAAAAAAAAAAUAAAAUUAAA